UCUUGUUCUGAUCAGCUGGGAUAAUAGCACCAAAUAUCAUAGUUGAUUUGGGGCUCAGAUGAUACAUUUUGUGCACGGAUUAUAGUCAAGGUGUUCAUCGAAACGAUCCAUAUGAUUCGUUAAUCGGAAAUGUAGAUUUUUUGUGUGAAUAUUUGUCAAUAUUUCAGUUUUGCGGUAUUGCUUCCUGGGUGUGUUGACCAAAACGAGUGGGUGAAGAACUGAGUUUGCUAGUACUGUAUCUCGCUAGCAUGCUAACUUGCCCAAAUUUUGUCAUUUUGAAAGAACGCAUUAUAUAAAUCCGGUUAUUUGUUCUUCCAAGGGAAACUAGACGUUCUGGGUAGUGCAAUUUUGUUUGGAAGAGUAAUAACUAUUUAGAUUGUUGACUUGUUGUAGCUGAUGUUUUGCUUGUGAGUUUCGUAUGAAACUGAGUUGUGUUCAAAGUUAACCCUGAAUGUGAACACAACCCAAUUUCUUGGCUAACAAUACUAGCAAGCCAACUAGUUAACUAACUCGCUCAACUUUUCUAGGUCGUUGGAUACAGUAUUCAAUUAACUCUUCGCUAGCAACACAGUAAGAAAAUUAUUAUCAUUAUGUUUACAAUUUGCUCUAAACUAACGUUGAUGUAAAUCAACGUUAGCUACAGUAAAUAACCAGUUAGCUAACAACAAUGGACAAAGGGAAGGAGUUGCUAGAUGUGGCCUCGCCGCAGUCAUUGGAAAGAUGAAAAACUUCGCAGCAAGUUAGCACGCUAGCUGACGUUGGUGCUUGUUUAUUACACUUUUUUCAACUAUCAAUAUACCAUAAGUGUUGCUGUAUUGUAUGGUUUCAGACUAACUACUGUAUAUUAGACUGAAGCUGUCAGAAACCUCAACCACUGUCUCAACGUUAUUUUAUAGCUGGCUAAUUUGUAGGAAUCACGCCCUAUAUUUUAUUUGACCAUAUAUUCUCGAAUGAGUCAGCUUUGUUGAAUCUUGAUUGUCAGCAAGAUACUCUUAAUAUUAGACAUGUUUAACCUCAGUAUUUGAAAGUCAACUCUUUCAAUACAUUUACACUAUUAUGCACAUACAUUAGAGAUGACAUAUGUCAAAAGGUGCUAAUACUACCAUACCAAGCCAUUGGACUUGAAUUCUGCCCCAACACAAUCUAGGGGACUAGAGCACCCCAGUUGUGUGUGCGAUGUCAGAGACGCUCCUAUCAGGUCAGACGUCGGAGGAUCUAUUGGUAGACUUUGAGUCUCUUCUGAAUGCUGGGAGUAUUGGCCCCUCAGAGGACCACCAAAUAGUCAUAAUCUCCACUCCCAGCAAUGUGGGCUUCAACUCUGCAGUCCCCAGCAACACUGGGGAGAUCCUUCUGUUCGCCACCCCCCAAGGCCCUGCAGAUGUGGUCCAGGACCAGCGACGGCCAACUCUGGGACGACCACCGGUGAAGAGGAAGCUGGACUUGGACAGUGAUCACCAAUAUGUGAGCACCUCUCGCCCCCCUUCUCUUGGGAGAGCCCCAACAUCCACACCAGCACCUCCUAGAGUUCCAAAGCUUUCAACAGAGAAGUGUCGCUAUGACACGUCUCUGAACCUGACUACCAAGCGCUUCUUGGACCUUCUAGCCCAGUCUCCUGAUGGGGUCGUGGACCUCAACUGGGCCUCGCAGGUCCUGGAAGUGCAGAAGAGGCGCAUCUAUGACAUCACCAAUGUCCUGGAGGGUAUCCAGCUCAUCUCCAAGAAAUCAAAGAACAACAUACAAUGGCUGGGGAACCGCAUUGAUGGAGCGUCUGUUUCCCGUUACCAGGACCUACAGAAAGAUGUCUCUGACUUCACACAGGCGGAGGAGAAACUGGAUGAGCUCAUUACCAAGUGUAACCUUCAGCUGAGACUCCUCACUGAGGAUACCCAGAACAAGAAGCUGGGUUAUGUCAUGUGCCAGGAUCUGCGGAAGUCUUUUGACUCUCCUGACCAGCUGGUGAUGGUAAUCAGAGCCCCUCCAGAGACCCAGAUGCAAGUCUCAGAGCCCAGUGAGGGCUAUCAGGUCUCCCUGAAGAGCACUCAGGGUCCCAUUGACGUCUUCCUGUGUCCAGAGGACAGUUCUGGUGUCUGCAGCCCAGUGACAGGCAUCAGCCCAACUAAAGCCACAGACCAAACAAUGCCCCACCAUGCAGAACAACCACAGUGCAGCACCACACAGGAAAUUACAUCAACAGCUCCGUCCCAACAGAAUUCCUCCCCUCUGCCGUUAUGUCGUGAAGCGGAAGUAUUCCUGGAAGGCGACCCGUUCCCCAACCUGGGAGUGCUGCCGGACUUUGACCUUUCACCCCUGCCGUCCUCUGACUUCCUCGGUGGGGAGUGCUUUGGGAACCCGCUGGAUGGCUUCAUCAACCUGUCCCCUCCACAGAGCCAAGACUACCACUUUGGUCUAGAGGAGCACGAGGGCAUCAGCGAACUGUUUGACUGUGACUUUGGGGACCUGACCCCACUGGAGUUCUGACAAUGUGGUGGAAAGGAAAACCCAAAGAACUAGAAUGAGGUUCUGUUUCUAUGGGAACACCCCAUACCAUCUCAGAACAAAGAAGCAUACCCAAGUGGUUAAAAUACAGAAUUGUACAGCACAGACCGUACUAGCACUUAGGUUGCCUAGCAAAAUAAUUUUGUUUUAGUUGGCUAUUUAAUUUAUUUAUAUACAAAUCAUGUUUUUGUACAGCUUUUCUUUUUUUUCUGAGUGGUUUGUGCGGGCGUAUUUGUGGGAUAUGGAUGUGAUUAUCAGCUGGAAUAUUAGCAUGUAAAGCUAAUAAUGAAUUUGUUAUAUUAGACAUUUUAGCCAUAGUCUCAGGUGUAAGGAACAGUCAGACUUUUACAGUAAGAGUUGGGUUUCAGAUGCAUUUUAAAAAGUCAUGCAGUAUGUUGGCAAAUUGUAAUGGCAGGAUCUACACUGAGUGCACAAAACAUUAAGAGCACCUGCUCUUUCUGUAACAUAGGUGAAUCCAGGUUAAAGCAAAAUUAGGAAGGUGUUCCUAAUGUGAGAUGUUUUGUUUAUUUUGUCAUUAUCAUGAACCUCGUCACAACUCUUUUCUGCAAGACUCAUGUAGUGCCUUAUAAAAAUAAAAAAUCAGGAUGUCUGUUGGAUGGAUUGAAUUCAGGUGUUAUGCUGUGUGUAAAAUUAAGAUGUUUAUGAAAGUGUUAGAUUUUAAUUUUUUAACGGCAAGUUGUGGAUUACUACUAUUUGGGGGGGGCGUCAGGCUACUGUUCUUGACAAUUAAGCCACUGUGCUAACAACGUGUAAGGGAAACAAGGAAACUGACGCUGCAGUCAAAAUCACAUUGUUCGGCGCUUUAUUUUUAUAACAAUGUUACAAGAUGAACAUUUUUGCCACAAAUUCCGUGGUAAAAAAUAAUUACUUGUACCAAUCUAACAAAUGGUUUCAAGCGUGUUCUUUGCCUCAACUUUGUUUUUUAAAGAAUAAAAACAUUUUGAU